GAGCAAAUAUCAGGAACAUAUACUGUAUGCAGCACAUGAUCACAAAGCAAAGCAAUACAUCUAGGGUAGACUAGGGUACAUCUAAACUGAGAGAUAAGGGUCACAGAACUGAAUUGUGCUUAAAUAAUGGAUUACAGGUUGGACGUGCAGCAGUACUGGGUAGGAGAGAAAAAGCUGUGAAGUUGAAUUCCAGUUCAUGCUCUGGAGUGGCUUCGCUGAAGGAAAAUGUUGGCACCAUAGCAAGGCUGGUACAUUGUGUCUGUCAUGGACCUUCCUGUUCCCCAGUAGGCAUGGCCACAUUCCUGAAUCUCUCCUGUCUGUCAGGCAGGUAUGAAAUCUGAAUCUCUGCCUCCUCCUCUUUCUCUUCUCUGUAGCACAGGUAUGAACCUACUCCUCAGUCUCCGUCCCCUCCUCUGUUCCACGUCUGUUCCUUGUUCCCCAGCCCCCGGUCCUGCCCACCUCCUGUAUCUAGAGCCCUCCUCUCUAGCCUUUCCUUUGGCAUGGAGCUGGCACUGCCCAUUUCCUGUUACCUGCUGUGGUUCAUUAAUUUUGGUGUGAGGAGCCAGUCCAUAUUACACAGUUCAUUAGGAAAAUUCCACAACAAGUCAUGGGUAGAGAGUAAAGACACAUGCAGUGGUGUUGUUCUACUGUUCAACAAUGACAACUUCAGCCUGGCAUGUGAUGACCAUUGGAAUGUGGACUCGCCACUGGCGCAGGUGGUAUGCUUGGAAUCAGGCUGUGGCACUCCAAAUGCCACCUGGAACUUGCCGUCAUCUCCUAACCCUGAUGUUGAGGCCAUACAAGGGGUUCAGUGUUCAGGAGAUGAAUCCAGUGUGAGUCAAUGCAGGGAACCUGGACAGACCGUGCAGAUGUGUGCACCAGAGAAGAUAGCAGCCGUGACCUGUAACACCCCAGCAGAAAAUCAAACUUUGAGCUUGACUGGAGGGAGAACCUCUUGUGAUGGACACGUGGAAGUAUUAAAAGACGCCAUGUGGAGACCCCUGUGUUACAGUGGCGUCCUGGAAAAUAAUGCCCCGGCACUGUGCCAGCAGGUAGGGUGUGUGCCCAGACAGCCUGCUUUCACAGCACUAAGCAAGGGAAGGAGAAAGCUGCCAUCUGUGGCAUUCCAGUGCCAAGAGAAUGAGAUUUAUUUCUGGGAGUGUGACUCAAGGCUGGUCAACAUUUGUAUGGCCGAUAUGACGACUUACCUUCAGUGCGACCAGUCCAGGAUGCAGGAGUCCUGGAUGGUCUGGCUGGCCAUCUUCAUGGCAUUUCUGAUGAUUACAUUCUUCUUCUGGAAUAAGAUAUGCAAGACCUGCAAAUGCUGCAUGGACUGUUAUAGGCACAGGCACUUCUCUGUUUCAGGCAUGCAACGUUUUGGCAGGAAAUCUACCCGCAGAAGUAUAUAUCGGAGGGAAUCCCCGGUUGUUACCGUCCAGGAGACACAUAGCCCACCUUCCUCCCCUGCUGUCAUAGGAAACCCCAGUGAAGUAAACGCCUUGCUGGCUCCCCAUGGAUUCCGGCUGAACAAUACCAUCACCCCACCUCCCAGUUACAUGCACGCUCUAAAAAUCCUCUCUCGGCCUCUAGAGAACACGCAGACUCCACCACCCAGCUACCUGGAGGCACUGAAGAUCCUCUCCCGCCCAGUUAUUGUCCAUGUUCAUGCGUCAGAGAAUGCAGAGGAAAAAGAGGAUCUGACUGCCCCUUCUGAUCAGGCCAAGGAGGAUACGAACUGAAAAUGAAACUUAAUGAACUUUAAUGCACUGGAAUGGUCACAAUAGCAAUAAAUCUACAUCUAAUGUGACUGUCAAAAGCAAACCAAUAAUACACUACAGAAUAGUCUUGACUCGCAUCCUGAAUUCCCAACAUACAUGGGAUUUUUUUGCCUCCGCAAGCCAGAUUUACUUGUGUUGGUGAUGUCUGCCUUGCUGGGCCAUAAUCCAUCACACUGAUCAUGAAGUCUUUAGCAUCCUGGGGUUAUUUUUUUGGAAAGAUACAGUGUACGAUAUCACAAGCAACUAUUUCAGCUUACAAGCGUGCCUUGUCUCAUAAAAUAUAGUUGGGUAGAGCAUACCUCCCAACAUUUUGGAAAUAAAAAGAGGGACAAAAAAGUUGCUGCGGGAUGCGUGGAAAACUUG